ACGCUGUCUGACUGUCAGCUUCCAAAACAAUGUUUUGAAGAAUGCCAGCAAAAUACCGAGAUGCCAGAAUACAGUGUUAAAGUCAAAGAUCCUUGAUUACCAACUCUCUUUCUCCCCUCUCACUUUUUUGGCUUUUCAAAACAUAUACACCGUAAAAUUCCCGUUACGUCUGAUGACCUGAGUUCUCGCGUGAUUUAGACAAGUCAUGUGAUCAAAUGGCUCCUAGAUAGGAAAUAUCAUACCGAGAUGAUUUCUUGAGGAAAUGGGCACAGCGAAUGAGAUAGUCCUCAGUUGUACCAAGCAAAUUUGGCAACAUUUCAAGAUUUACCUAUGUUUUGAAUGACGGACCACAAAAUAUACCACGACGAAAAAUGGAGCACAUAAUAACACCAAAGGUAGAACAUGUGAAGCUGCUUGAUAGAUAUGCUACCAAGAAAUCAGCCACUGGUACCAUCUACCUGACUGCCACUCACCUCAUCUAUGUGGAAACAUCGAACAACACAAGACAGGAAACCUGGAUUCUGCACCAUCAUAUUUCCUCGUUGGAGAAGCUUCCUCUGACCACCUCUGGCUGUCCGCUGGUCAUCCGAUGCAAGACAUUCCACCAGCUACACCUCCUGCUGCCCCGAGAGAGAGAGUGCCAGGAUGUCUACCAGUCACUGCUGCGCUUGUCUCAGCCAGUGAAGCUCGACGAACUCUAUGCAUUUCUUUACAACCCCAAACAAAAUGAGGAGGAGAGGAGAGAAGGCUGGACCACCGUGGAUUUGGCCACAGAUUUCAGAAGAAUGGGUUUGCCUAACGACCACUGGGAAACUACUGAACUCAAUAAGGACUAUAAGAUGUGUAGCACAUAUCCGUCGAUGCUGGCAGUGCCCAAAGGUGCCAGCCAGGCCACUAUACUGGGCAGUGCCAAAUUCAGGAGUAGGGGAAGGUUACCUGCCCUAUCCUACUUUCACAAAGACUCCAAGGCCGCUAUCUGUCGCUGCAGCCAGCCUUUGUCAGGCUUCAGCGCUCGGUGUCUGGAGGAUGAGCAGAUGCUCGAGGCCAUCCGCCAGGCAAACCCCAACUCCCCCUUCAUGUACGUGGUGGACACCAGACCUAAGCUGAAUGCCAUGGCCAAUCGAGCUGCAGGGAAAGGUUAUGAGAAUGAGGACAACUACUCAAAUAUACGAUUCAACUUCCAGGGCAUUGAGAACAUUCAUGUUAUGAGAAACAGUCUCCAAAAACUGCUUGAAGUUUGUGCAAUGAAGUCUCCUUCGAUGAGUGACUAUCUGACUGGACUGGAGAACUCGGGCUGGCUCAGACACAUAAAGGCUGUGCUGGAUGCGGGGGUGUUUUUAGCUAAGGCAGUGAGCGAUGAAAAGGCCAGUGUGCUGGUGCACUGUUCUGACGGCUGGGACCGCACGGCGCAGGUCUGCUCUGUGGCCGGCAUCCUCCUGGACCCGUACUACCGCACCAUCAAAGGCUUCAUGGUGUUAAUAGAAAAAGAAUGGAUCUCCAUGGGUCAUAAGUUCACACAAAGGUGCGGGCACUUGGACGGCGACCCAAAAGAGGUGUCUCCUGUCUUCACACAGUUCAUUGAGUGCGUGUGGCAGCUUACAGAGCAGUUUCCCUGCGUGUUCGAGUUCAACGAGAGGUUCCUCAUCAACAUCCACGACAACAUAUAUGGCUGCCAGUAUGGAAACUUCAUCGGAAACUGUGAGAAGGAGAGACGGGAGAUACGGCUUCAGGAAAGGACGUUCUCUCUCUGGCCGUUCUUGCUAGAGCAGGAGAAGCAGUACAGAAACCCGCUUUACAAACGGAAGACCGGCACACUGAGACCAAACACUCUACCUUUGCAUUUCAAGUUUUGGUGUGGCAUGUACAACCACUAUGAAAAGGGCAUGCACCCGAAACAGUCUGUGUUGGAUCAACUGCUCUCCUACACCCAGAAGAAGGCUGAUGGGGAGAAAAAUAUGUUGGAUCUACAGAGGCAAUUAGCGGUUGCUGAUGGAGUCCUGCCAGCUAGACCAAUUGGAUCACCUACAAUGCAAUGCAGCCAAUCACUGUCUACUCCUACACCACCUUUUAACCAAUCAUCCGGUGAUGUCCCCUGCUUGAAAAACGGUACGGGUGAGGACGCUGGCUCGGGUGGUGAAUGCACCAACGGAACACAGCCGGAGGAUUUCCCAGACUCCGAAUCUGACAUGACUGUCCAAAACGGGUAAAGCUGUCGCAGUGGACUACCAGGAUCUGAAAGAGGACGUGCUGGGUUCCUCUUAAAGCUCCAUGGUGACAGAGCAGGCGCAUUGAGUAAGGUGUACGAGGGCUGCGAGCCAGUGAAGCACAUGCCCCAGUAUGCUGGGAAAUAAAUAGCACUCACUUCUGAAAGGAGCGACUGUCAGGUGUUUUAAAAAGCCUCUAGCCUUUUACGAGUGGUGCACCUGUUAAGGGGAUCGGGAACACAAGCUCAUAUUUCAGCAUUUAUGCUCCACAUGAUCAAUAUUUUGAUAACUGAGAAAUAUCUCAGCUCUCCCGUUCAUUGGGUCCUCAGACUGCAUUAAGAAUCCAUCUUCAAAGGGGUUCCUUAAUAAGUCAAUCAAUAAUUUUAUAGCAAGGCAAUAAUAUUCCUUGUAUUCCUUGAUUCAGUAUCCUCACUUGGUGACACUUUAAAUGCGGCCAGUUGGUCUCAGAGCAAUGUCCACAGUGUCAUAUUUCUGUGAAAACCACUAUCAAAUUGCCUAGUUGCCAUUUCACAAGGAAUGCUGUGUAAAAAAAAGAGAAAAGGAUCAAAUCCAAUUGUCAGUCACUAUUAGUGUUUGUUUGUUUUUUUUAUGGUGAUUUUUGUACAUUGUGUUUUUUUAUCCGUUUCACAAAAAUGUUUAAAUAUAUUUGUUAUUCAAAGUUUAUUCAUGCGCUAAUAUAUUGCUAGGGUUGAAAAGGGAAUUGAAACUGCAAUACUAGUGUUUCCUGUUGGCCAAAGAAGCAAAGCACUGCCUUGGUGGAACAAAUGUGUUUUUGAGGAUGUAUCGAAGUGCCAUUAAUGUUAAUUUCAAUCUGAUGUCUCCAGUGGAAUAUGUACUACAACUAGAAUUAGGGCUCAGAACACUGGUUGAAUGCAUAUGAGGGACCAAUGACUGUUUUAUAAAGCUUCAGUUCGUACUGAUAAUAACACUGUCUGUUUGAUUGAGAAAUUCUGGAUGAGUCCUUUUUUUUGUUUGCUGGUUGGCUACUGCUACUUAACAGGAUGUAAAUCAAACCAACCUUCCUCUGUAAGAACUGUUACAAGCACAUCUGUUGAUUUCACUGCUGCUUUUGUGCAUGAAUUCUGUAUGUUCCGAAGCUUUUUUCGCCCUGGAGUGGGGUGGGGUGGGGGCUGUCAGCAUGUUUACGCCAUUGGUAGAUAGCUAGCUCCAGAUUUUUGACUUCUCCCCAUAUUUGUGAUAAAAUCUUCACCAGCCCAGAAAUUGAUUAGGCAGAUUGUUGGAAGGUAGAUUUUCAAAAGGGAACCAGACAUAGGCUGUGGCUGUUGCUAUGUGAGAUGGGAGAUCUUUGUGAUGAUGUCCAACAGUCUGCCACCAUUUAAAAAGGGAUAUUUUGACUGAAGUCUGUUCAUUUAUCUCUGUCUUUGUCACUCCAUCUUUCCACGUCUGGAAUAUUUUGCAUACCUCUGCCACACUUGUCAAUUCAAGUCCUGGGGAACAUUAAGGGAAUGUUGCUGAAGUUCAGAGCAAUGGCUUUUUUGGUUGUUGAAAAUAAAAAAGGGUCUAUUUUGUAUGUAUCAUUUAAUGUAUAAUUGUACAGUAUGUAGUUACUUUUUGCAUUGUACUCGUCUACAUUUUCAGGAUAUGCAUACCUUUUGGUAACACCAUUCCGUUAACUGUGUCUGGUAUGCCUGUAUCGACCAAUUCUGUGGAAAUACUCCUUGAAAAGUAUGCUGCUGUACAUUCUGUUUUUAAAACAAGUUGUGUAUCUGGAUCAACAAAUUUGGGCUUUGUGACCCCCCCUCCCUUUUAAAAAAAAUAAAAAAAUAAUGUUCAUAUGAAUAUGUUCAUACAAAUGAAAUUAUAUGAUUUUAUUCAUAAUUCAUAUGUCAUGCUUAUGUAAGAUUGAUGAGCACAUAGUGGCACUGUGUGAUUCAGGAUUCAUUGAUUCAGGAUUCUCCCCUUUAUCAGAAUAAAGUGUUUAUGAAUGGUUGUGUGUACAUUCCGAACAGAAGCCAGAAUUUGGGGAUUUUGUAUGUUUAUUUUUACGUUUAUAGGCCUAUGGUAACAUUUGUGGCACAUGUUGGCAAGUAUUGUUUCUUCUAUGUCUUUUUGUGGCAGCGGCAUGAGGCAAGCUCAUUUAUCAGAUCAAUCAAUAAACAGAACAUGGCUAGUCCUGUGGACCAAAGUAGUA